GGUAAAUUUCCUAUGCAUAACAAAGGGGCAGUGCGUUUGCGCGGGUAACCCUAAUUUAGCUUUUUCUUUACCCUUUUACUGUUACGCAAUGCGGCGCGCGGCUGUGUAGAGUCUAGUCCUUUCUUCACGGUGUCCCUGUGUCAUUACGGUGUGAUCUCCCGGCCCGCAAGUCAGCCCUCGUGGUCCGAUAAGUGCUCCACUCGAACCGAGCACCUCGCUCAUAGUCGUUGUGAAUGUACGGAUACUUUUCUCUUUAAAAUAUGCGGGAUUCAAUCAAGUUUGAAUCAGGAGAUUCACAUAUGCUUGUGAAAAGAGAAGAUUUUUAUUCUGAGGAACAGAGAAGAAGGGCUGAAAGGCGAUGGAAGAGAAGGGGGCUCAGUUUGAAGUAUGAUUCAAAACCCAAUUGCUUUGCCAGUGCUACCAGGAUAUCUGUCAAGAGUUGUGGAGAUGUGGCCUUUUCAUCGGACAAUGAUGUUCAUAUCGUAGAGGAUGAAGUAGAUGAAGAUUACAGAAUUGUCUUGGAUGGUUAUCUUUCUGAAAUUUCUAAUGAUAUUUCCGAGAUUGAGGAUGAUGAAGUAGAUGAAGAUUACAGAAUGCUCUUGGAUAGAUGUCCUCAAUAUUAUUAUGACAUUUCCAAUAUUGGGCAUGAUGAAGUAGAUGAAGAUUUCAGACUGUUUUUGAAUACAUAUAGUUCUGAUAAUUAUAAAGAUGAUUCUGACACUGUUUACAUCAGUGACAAUGAUCAUGAUUUGGAUAAUGAGGAUAAAAUGUUUGCGGAAAACCUAAGGAAUGAAGGAAACUCCUAUAUUUCCUUAAUCAGUAUGCAUAACCAGCAUAUUGAUAUAAGCUAUGGUGGCAAAGAAAGGGAGUUGGAGGAGACAGGUGAUGCAUUGGAAUCUCAGCAAGUUCCAGAGUCAGAAAAAGGACCUCCUAGUGAAAUUACAGGUUCAGAUGUUUAUAGAGCUCCAGGCAACAAUUGCAACUCUCAAUUGCAGUUCAAUGAUGCAGAUGAAGAGUACGAAACAUUAUUGCCUUUCUGUAGGAAUGAUGAUGGUUUGGUGCGUUCAAAUGUUAAGAACAAUCCACUAGUUUUCAAUCAUGCAUUCGAUAAUGCCAAUGUGGAGUGCGACGUCAACAAGGAGCAGACAGUUGACAAGAUGGAAUGUUACCACAAUCUGCACUCUGAAGGAGGACCAUUUGAUAUAAGGCCUUCUUCAGACGAUUCUGUAGUUCCCAAAAAUAUUUGCAACACUGGAUUGGACUCUCAUAAUGUAGAUGAAGAUUACCAAAUAUUCUUGAAUACUAAUGGGAUGGUUGAUGAAAGUUUGCAAUCGUUGGUUGGAAGUGAAGCUGGAAGAAGCUCAAGUACUAGGAACAAGUCUCAAGUUUCUGAUCAUGCUUUUGGUAAUCCCAGUGUCCAGUUUGAUGUUGUUGAAGAACAUACAGUUGACCCAGUGGAAUCUGACCAAACUGAAAGAGGACAAUUUAUCAGAAGGGAAUGUUCAGAUGAUUCUAUAGCUCCCAAGAACAAUUGCCAUGCUGAACUGGAAUCUGAUAAUUUUGAUGAAGAUUACAAAGCAUACUUGAAUUCUUAUUCUUCUUAUAGGGGUACUGAUGAAGGUUUGAUGUCUCAGGAGGUGGGAGGCAAAUUAGAUGGAAGAAGCUCAUGUGUUAGGAACAAUUCGCAAGUUUCUGGUCAAGGGUAUCAUACUCCAGAAGGACAAUGUGAUGUUGAUAAAGAACAGAUAGGUGGUCAACUGGAAUCCCAGCAAAGUCUACAGACUGAAGGAGCACCUGUUGAUAGAAGCCCACAUUUAGAUGUUUCGGGAGUGUCCAUGAGCAAUACUGAAUCAAGGGUUUAUUGUGUUGAUGAAGAUUACGGGAGAUACUUGAAUUCUUAUAUGACAGAUGAUGAGGGGCUUAUAACUGUCAGGGUAGAGAGUGACGACAAAAGAAAGAGUUCAAAUGUUAGGCACAGUUCACAAGCUUCUGAUCAAGCAUUUCUUACUGUUGAUGGCAAUUUGAUGCAUAUGCAACACAAGAGUAUCACAAAGACAUGCAAAGCAGACACCAGUAAAAGUUGCUCUGACUCAGAUGUGAUUCUUUUAGAACCUAAUCAAAUUGGUGAAAACAGCCCGUUCAUUUUUUCCAGAGAUUUUGAUUCUUCAUACUUUGAAAAUGAAACCAACCCCAGAGACAGCGGGAAAUUAUCUGAGUUAAAGACAAGACUUCUGAAAGAUCUUAACAGGCCUUAUAACCAAGAAGAACAUGAUAAACUUCUGGAUUUAGUACAUGUUCGACUGCAUAAGGAACGACAUGCUGAAACGCGCCAAGGGGUUGUUAAAUCAUACCGCUCACAUGGUGUUAACAAAUCAUACCUUGAAUUGUACCCUGAUCUAGCAUUAGCAAUUAAAUUCAAGGAACCACACAAGGUUUUGGUUCUGUUACGUGGAUUCUCUUUCUGGCUGCAAAAUUUGACCCAUGCCGGAGUAACGAUGCGUUGGAUCGAGGAAUCAUGUUUGGAGAUUUUACAAAGAAUGUGAUUUGGAAUCUUGCUACUUUUAAGAUUUGGAAUGAGAAAUCAAAUAGCAAAACUAAGUUUUUUUGCAGAA